AUGUCAUUCGGGAUUUCUGGCGUUGCCCUCGUUACCGGGGCAGGAAGUGGUAUCGGACGAGACGCCGCGAUUUCCUUUGCCGCCGAGGGAGCCAUCGCGGUAGCCUUUGCCGACAUCGAUCUCGCAGCUGCCCAGCAAAGUGCAGAUAAGAGCGUCGAAUAUGCAACAAACCCGGCCUACUGCCCCCUCGCAAUUGAGGUUGAUGUUACAGACCUGGAAAGCGUAGAGCGUAUGGUAGCUCAAGUGGUGGAGAUAUUCAAACGGAUCGACUACAGUGUGAAUAGUGCUGGAAUCGGAGUACGCGAGCCCAAAACUGUUGUCGAUGUGUCGAUGGAGGAAUUCGAUCGAUUCUACCGCGUUAACGUGCUGGGAACAAUGAACUGCGUGAAAGUGGUUGCUGGCGCGAUGCGCCACCAAGCCCCAUUGAGAAUCCAGGGCCGCAACGGGGAGCGCCAUACUGGUCGUGGUGCCAUAGUUAACAUGGGAUCUGCUAACUCUUACAUGGCCACUCGCGAUAUUGUGCAGUACACCACCUCCAAACACGCUGUGCUGGGCAUUACACGGAACGCAGCCCUGGAUUUAGCUAGCGAUGGGGUGCGGGUGAACACUAUUUGUCCCUCUUGGGUAGAUACCCCGAUGGUUACCGCCGCUGUGAACGGCAACCCCGAGUUGAGUCCACUCAUGGAGAGUGUGUUACCCUUCAAACGCAUUGCACAAACAGAGGAGAUUUCGGAUGUUAUAAUCUUUCUAUGCAGUCCCCGGGCUAGCUAUGUCACUGGUAGUGAUUGGGUGGUGGAUGGCGGGAUGACGUUGACGUUGAAGACCUGA